UUGUGAGUCGAGCUCGAGCUUCUCACUACUUGACUCGGCUCGACUCGUUUACAGCCGUAGGUGGGACACUACCAAAAAUAAAAAAACAAGCUAAGUGCGAGGAUGUUUAACGACAAAAGAAGUGCGUUUUAAAGUUGCUGCCACACCUUUAACUUUCUCUCCAUUGAUGAGGAGGUGGAGUACUGAAAAUGCAAAAAGACAGUGACGCAGUGAGUAGUCUAUUCUUUUACUCUGUUCCAUUGAUUGGAAAUAAAUCAUCAGCCUCUCCAAGGCAGUGGUAAUCCGUUCCUCAGUCUCCAUGGCAACCUCACUCGCUUCACAGGAAGGCAACAACUUUGAGGUUAGCAAUGAGAAAGAAGAAGAAGAACAAGGCAACCCGCAGAGAGCAUCUGAGAAGAUCAAUGAACUCUUUUCAACACUUCCCAAAGGGAAAGGUUGGUGGGCUGAGCAUCUCUUUCAUUACCAAGGCUUCUGGCUAUCAAACCGUGCGCUGGAAGGACUCCUGUUGAUUCAAGACAACUUCAAGCCUCAGCCAUCCGACAUUUUCUUGGCAAACACUCCAAAAUCCGGUUCCACAUGGCUUAAAGCCCUCCUUUUCAGCAUUGUAAACCUAAGCCGCUACGACUUCAGCUCCCACCCUUUGCUCAACACUCCUCCUCGAGACAUCUUUCCUUUCUUGGACUUCUACUUCCAACAAAAUAAGCCCAUUUCUGAUAUCGAGUCCCUCCCAUCACCUCGCCUUUUUUCGAGUCACUUGCCUUACAAUUUGUUUCCAAAAUCCAUCACUGCCUCUGGCUGCCGCUUUGUGUCGAUUUGGCGUGACCCAAAAGAUGUGUUUGUUUCCCAGUGGCAUUUCAUGAAGAAAUUGAGGUCCAAAGAAUUGCCAGCGGUUUCAAUGGAAGAAGCAUUCGACUUGUUCUGUAAAGGGGUCUCACAUUACGGACCUUUAUGGGAUCAUAUGUCAGGAUAUUGGAAAGCUAGCUUAGAAUCGCCAGAGAAAAUAUUGAUGUUGAAAUAUGAAGACAUGAAAAGGGAGCCUUUGGUUCAAGUCAAGAGAUUAGCUGAAUUCUUGGGUCAACCCUUUUCUAUUGAGGAAGAAAAUAAAGGGGUCGUGCAGGAAAUCAUAAACCUGUGUAGUUUCGAUAGUUUGCGCAAUUUACAGGUGAAUAAAACUAGAGACGGCCCAUCAAACGAAGGCCGGCCUGUCAAGAAUCCUGAUUUCUUCAGGAAAGGAGAAGUUGGAGAUUGGAAGAAUCAUUUGGUAGCUGAAAUGGCAGAAUACAUAGACCAAAUCAUCAAGGACAGGCUAUGUGGUGGAGGGUUGGCUUCUGGCUUCUGCCCCUAGACAAGGGAUUUAUAUAGGGUUGGC